CGUCGCGCCAUUUGCGGGGGCGUGGGUAACGCUGCCCUCGAAACCCCCCUCGACCCAAUCCAAUCGCCCGCACGCCGCAACCCUUCCUCCCUCCUUGAUCUCUCUCCCUCAGCCGCCACGAACCCUAGCCCCUUUUCCUACGAUCCCGCGGUCGCUGCCCUUGCUCCAUCCGACCUCCCUCGUCAGCCGCCGCCGCUAUGGCUCCUCCGUCCUCCGACUCUGUCUCCCCAAUUCAUCCUCCAUCCCUUUCUGCUCGAGGUGCUCAUCGGCCCAGGUCGUGAGGAAGCCGCGUGAGGAGGAGCCCAGGUCGCGAAGCCGCGUGAGGAGGAGAGACCUCGCCCGAGAAGCUGUGGGAGGAGGGCCUCAACCAGAGAGGAGCGGCUGCCAGCCAUGUAGUCGGCUCAGCUCGACACCGUCCUUGGCGUCCGGGCCGCGGCAGACCCUAGCGCCAUCCUUCAGGAGUCUUCACGACCGCCAGGUGCGCAUCUUUCAGGAUUUAAUAAUGAGUUAUGUUGGGCUUCAUUGGACAAAUGAUCUACCUGGAGCAAUGAUACAGCUACUGGACUGGUUUUAGUUGAUAAUAAAUUGUUCUCUAUUUCAAAGAGCAACAACACGAGAUUGUGCGCUGUCUUGCUCCAGCAUACAAUGUGCCAGGUUCUACUGCAACAGUAUGACAUACAAAGUGAUGGAGGAGAGGUGUUCAGAGAAAGAGUUAUACAUGUGCCAGGUUCUGAAGUAUGAGGAUCCGGUGCGACAAGAAGCAGCUGUGAAUAUGGUUCCUGUAGAUGAACUUAAGGAGAAGGCGCUUAUUUCACUGGCCAAGGAAACAUGUGAAAAAGGUGGGAUCUUUCCGUCGGCUUCGCAGCUGGCUAUAUGCAUCAUAGAGCAUCUAAUCUGCAUCAACUUUAGACAUGGUGUGGAGCGUCGACCACGGCGAGCUUGGCUAAUGUCAACACGUGAAGCUGGGUCAAGUACAGAAGACGAAACACAAGAUUCAAGAUCACUCUCUUUUGCCAUUUUAGUCAUAUUUUUGCUGAGAUAAAGAAUAAUAUUGAGAUAAAUUUCCUUUCCGAUGAUGAGAUUGGGUAUGCCUAUGUUUUGUAUUUUUUUCAGUAUUAUCUUAUUUCAGGCUUCAGUUAGAUGAGAGAGCUAAGAGAUAAUAUGGUAAACAAUUUCUAUCAAGUGGGUGAGCUCCAUUUUCAAGGUAAGUCAGGUGACAGCCAAAAAAAACCAAGGAGAUGAGUCUCUUAUCAGUUGAUUUGAUCUUAUCCAGGUUCUAUUUUCUUUCAGGCCAUGAGUUACGAUGUCUUGGUUAGAGCUACUACAUUCAAAGAGUAAAUCUGUUUCGUUGUACUGGAUUUAUGUACAUUGUAUGAAAAAGGUGCAUCUAUUAUGCCCUGUAGAAUUUUCAGCUGAGCAAUUGUGUAGACUUACAAAGCUUAUCAUGACAGAUGUUAGUGAUUUUUGUAUUGGGGCCAUGUUACAUCUCUAGGGUUGAAUUAAUGGCUAGAAAUUCAGAGUUACAUAGCUGAAAACAGGGUUGCUCGAAGCAAACAAGCUGCUUAUUCAGUAUUUUUAACACUCAUGGAAAAGGUAUAUGCUAAUCCUAAAUUCCAAAUUAUUAUUAUAUCACAUAACUGAAAGUGCAUUAGACCAAUGGUGUUAUCAGAAAUAAAUUUCUGCCCCAUAGCUGAACCGUGUCUUUUCUCAGUGUGUAUAUAUGUUAGAGAUGUGUAUGAUUCGGAUAAUUUUCUUCAUUUGUUAACUUUACCAAUGUAUGGCUGACAUGCUUCAUUAUGUUAUAUCACAUCUGAAAGUGCAUUACACCGGUGGUUUAUUAGAAUGGAUAAUUUCGGUCAAAUAAUUGAGUUCUUUUCUUCUGUGUAUAUACAAGUUAUAGAUGUGCAUGAUUAUGUUUAUUCUCUACAUUUGGUAAAUUCACCUAUGUAUGGCUGACAUACUUCUUCAGGUUAUGUUUCUAAAGCUCCAUGCUUAAUCAUCCAGAAUGUUUCCAAGUGACUGCUUUACACAUGGGAGACUGGAUGCAUAGAGGAGUUCAGAGAAGCUGGUGUUAUGUUACAUAUGGUCUUCAAGCUGAUGCUAUGUUUCUUCCAUGGUUUGUAUAUUUGUUGCAAAAACAUAGUACAAGAAAAAGAUCUAUGCUCAUGAAGAUGGCAGAAGGGAACUACAUGUGGAACAAGAACCACCAGCGCUGACCAGUUGGGCGUCUGGAUAGUGGUAGUGCACAAAAAUUGCUUGCCGUAUAGAGUCAACGUAAUCUACUACUAGCCCACUCGCUGAUUUUUAUGUUAUGAAAUUAUAGUUCAACCAUAGUAUGUAUUUACACUCCUGCUGUGAGAUUGUACUACAUAAAUUAUGGGAGGACAAAGUAGGCCUUUAUAUGCAAAUAACAACUUGUUGAAA